GGACGGAUGGAAUAGACCGGUCAAGGUGCGAUGCUGAAUAAAAAGAGGUAUGCUUGUUUUCUUUUCUUUCUUAUCAGGGAGCUUGAAGAGAAAAGUCUGUCAAGAUGUCGCAGGGCAGCGGCGCAUCGGGUGGUCCCAAGAAGGGUCUGACGCUCGAUGAGCUCAUUGCGGCCAUUGACCGGCAUGAAAGGAACCCGAGCAAUAUCCCUAAAGUCGAGACCUUCCAUUUUUGUGGGGAGAGGGUUUCAGAAUGGCUGGAGCGGGUGGAACAAGCUUUGGUCGGGCGGUCGGACGUUGUAAAGUUCCAAUGCAUCCUUCAGUAUGUCCUCCACAGCUACCACCAAGAAGUGAAGAAAGUCAUAGAUGCGGCCCAAAGUAGCUGGGAGAGGUUCAAGGAGGGGAUGCAGAGGAAAUACCACCUGGGAGACGGGUUGUUGACUACCGCGGAUCUUGAGGCGAUGAACAAAGAGGAUUUUACGACGAUAGGGGCCUUUGUUCAAGAAUUUAAGAAGAGGGCGCGGAAGGUGGAGCAACGUCAGGUACGCCUGCAAAGGCAGAAGAGAAAGGAAACAGAUGCGACCGCUUCUGGGACCCCGGGGGUAACAAGGAUUGUUACAGAUGUAUUGGCACAGCUGGGGUAUGCGACAAAGCCGGUGGUGCAAAGGAGGGUAGUAACGGCUGUCCAAGUGAAAGGAAAGGAGCGGGUGAUAGAGGAGGUUGUUCAGGAGGAGCUCUGGGAAGAGGAAGAGUCGGUGCCGCAGGGCCUGACGAAGGCCCAGCGCAAAGUGCGUAACUUGGCGCAGGGCGGACAGGGAUCAGGAAAAGCGCAGGCGCCUCAGGCCUUGACAGCAACCCUUUUAAAUGUGGCAGCUCCAUCAUCUAGUACGGGCCCCUCGCAAGGAGGGGCGCCCUCCUACGGACAGUGGUCCUGGUCGGUGAUCAAUGCAAUCGUACUAUGGGGUAGCCCGCCACCAGUAGCCGGACCGCAAACGAGUAUGCCGCCACCCAUCUACCCCGCAGCCCAGGCCCAGCCUGUGGCCCCGCCGCCGUCACCCGCUCCCAGUUCACAGGGAAGCGUGGCUGGUGGUGGGAACCAGGGGCAGGGCAAUCAAGGCAACGGAGGGAGGGGUGGAGGAAGGGGGCAAAGCAGGAAUGGCGGCGGAAGAGGAAGGCAAUGGAAUGGUCAAGGCCAAGGGUACCAAGGCCAAGGGAAUCAAGGCCAGGGGUACCAAGGCCAGGGGUACCAAGGCCAAGGGAAUCAAGACAAAAGGAGCGGGCUGAUUUCCUCCACUAUGGAUGGGAACAUCUACGAUCAGUUUGGGGAGGUCAUUGAUAGAAGGCUUGGAGGAGUGAGGGCAGAAGCCCAACGAAGGGCGGCAGCUGGGCCGCCACCCCCUGCCAUGUUCAGGCUAUGGCAUGAGAAGAAAGGACCGUCGGUGGGGAUAGAGGAAUUCAGGUUAUGGCAGGAAAAGGAAGAACCACCGAUUGGGGUAGAGGAAGUGGGAAGCGAUGAGGAAGUGACUCAAGGGCCACAAGGAGGAAGUAAGGGGGAAGAACCCAUAAUCAUUGAGCCAGAUGACGAGAAUGAGGAAGAAAGGAUGGAACCUUCGUCCGUCUUGUUGGGGAAAAUGGAGGACCUGCUGGAUAAGAUGGGGAGGUACCAACAGAAGUUGGUGGGCCUCUGUGAGGAAGUGAGGAAAUGGAAGUCUAACAUCCCCAAGGUGUUCCUCUACGAAUCUGGUCCGGAGUCAGCGCCUGGGCGACCCAGAGUAAAUGAGGUGGGGUCGUGCCCACAAUGGGGAAUAAUGGGGAGACCCCUCACUCCGCAGGCCCGGCUGGCGCAGGCAGCACGAACGAAAAGUCAAGCCAAAGCCAGCGCCAGCCAAGAGCCUCCAAGGAGGGAGCUGGAGCCAGGAAAAAGAAAGGAUGCUGUGGAAGUGGAGGAUGACGACAAUGAGGAGGAAGAGGACGAGAGGCUGCGUAGGGAGGAGGAUCAGAGAGCGGAGAAGCGGGCAAGGAAAAAGGGAGCCAGGGGAGAGGUCGAGCCGGUCAUGCGCGACGGACCGCCCAAAAAGAAGAAGUACGCAGUUCGGUUGGAGAAGGGGUUUGACGUGGAGAGAGUGAUCGACCGGCUGCUAGAAGGGCACAAUGACCUCAUGACUCUGAAGGAAAUCCUAGCGUCGGCCCCGCGACUCCGCGAUGAACUGAAGGGGAGAUUGUUGUGGCGCCUGGUGCCCAAUGUCCAUCUGGGUAUGAUACUGCCCAAGGAGGCAGUGUGGGCGAAGUCAGGUACGAAGAUGGACUGGAAGUGUGUAGCCUGCGGCACGGUGGAUUUGGUGGUAAAGGGUUCCAAGUGCGCAACAAUUGUGGACACCGAGGCAGAGAUGAACAUUAUUCGGGAGGCGAACGCGAUCAGAUUCGGGCUGGAUAUAGACCAUUCCGACUGCGGUAUUCUGCACGGAGCCAGCUGCAAGGCCAUAUUUUGUGGGACAGCCUCGAAUGUACUCAUCGAGGUUGGAAAGGGGGCGGCUCAAGCAGGGUUCCCAAAGGCGGUACAAGACGAGAAGUGCCGCCCGGUUCCCGUCCUCGUUACAGAAGACGAGGAAGCAUACUACGAAAGGGAACGAGGGUUGAUACGGCGAAUGAGAGAGAGUGCUCUAGCAGGGUCAUGUCGUAUCAACGAAGGGAACGAGGGGAGGUUGAUUAUAGGGGAACCCGACUUCCUACUGCCUCAGGAGCGAACGUUGAUGGUGGAGUUGAUGAAAAGGAGGCAUCGCGCCUAUGCGUUUAGCGACGAGGAGCGUGACAGGCUGGAUGUGGACAAAAUACCUAUGAUCCACAUCCAUACCGUGCCACUCGAGCCUUGGAACAUGAGAGGGGCGCGAUAUCCUAAUCCUGACAAGGAAAAGAAGGUGGUGGAUUACCUCGAUGGCAAAAUAUGUACGCACGUCGCCGACUAUUCGAGUGGACCGUAUGCGUCCCACUGGUUCUCCUUUAUCAAGCCUAACGGGACGCUGCGGUGGGUGCAAGAUUUGCAAAGACUAAAUGUGGUGACCGUGCGGGAUGCUGGAGGAUUGCCCAAUGCAGACGCGCUGUCAGAAUCCUAUGCUGGAAGGCCUAUAAUCUCACUUAUAGACCUUUACUCAGGAUAUGAUCAGUUCUCGGUCUACCCGCCGGACAGGCAUGUGACAGCUAUGCACACGCCGCGAGGGUUAAUCUACAUGAACGUGGCCCCGCAAGGGUGGACCAAUGCGGUAGCAAUGGUCCAACGGGCCAUGAAUCGGGCUAUGCAGUCAGUCAGCCCCCAUAUCACACAGCCAUACAUCGACGAUUUGGCGGUGAAGGGGCUGGCGGUAAAAGAAAGCGACGAAGUCUCGCCAGGGGUAAGGCGCUUUGUUUGGAAGCACAUCCAGGACCUCGAAAAGGUCCUAAGCCUGCUUGAAAAGCAUAACCUCACGGCGAGCAGGGCCAAAUCCAGACACUGCAUGAGGGAAACGACUAUCUUGGGGUUCGUCUGCAGUGAGAAGGGCCGAAGGCCGGAUUUGAAGAAGACGGACAAGAUUACUGGGUGGUCGGUUCCGUUCCACUCAAUAACUGAUGUCAGGAGCUUCCUUGGCACGUGUGGAUUUUGGAGGGCCUUCGUCAAGAACUUUGCCGCUAAGACUGAACAUCUGAGGAAGUUAGUUCGUCAGGACCAGGAAUGGGUUUGGGGCGAAGAACAAGAAGAGGUGGUGGCUAGGAUGAAGGAGGAAUUUCGAAAAGGAGGGUUGGUGCUAGGAGCGCCACAUUAUGAUGCUACGGAAACAAGACCCUUCAUUGUCGAAACGGAUGCGGGGCCAACUGCCUUAGGAGGAGUUCUGAUUCAGGCGGGCAUGGAGGGAAAGGAAAGGCCUUUGAGAUUUGAGAAUCGGACUCUCUGUACGACCGAGAGGAACUACUCUCAGUUCAAGAGGGAGACCCUUGUCGUCCUCCACUGUCUGCGAAUCUUCCGGAACUACAUCUUCGACAGGAGAUGGCUGACGUACAUCUGGAUGUUCAAUUUCGAAUUGGAACGGAUUCCUGGCAGUAAGAACCGGGCGGACGGGCUGAGUCGGAUCAACUGGGAUAAACAGGAAGGGGAGGCAGUGGAGAAUACGCCCCUAUUUGAUGGAUUUGUGGACCAGGAAGAAGAUGUCCGUCUUCAUAUCAACAAGUGGUCGCCGCGAGUACCCAGCUGUGUGGGCUAUCCUAUCUGGCAGGCGCCGAAUGGGUAUGAAAGGAGGGCCAAGUUAGUCCCCAAACCCUUUGAAGAAGAGGAUCCCUGGGGUGGUAAGGGUGUUCAGUGGAUGAUGGAGUUAGCGCUGGCCAGCUCGCAUAGCCUGGUGGAGGACGUGAGGACGAUUGAGGAAGGACCUGGCCAAGUAGAACGGCAUGAGAACCUGAUGGGAGGAAUGUAUCUCCUCGUCAACACGUUAUUGCAGGAAAGCCUCGACCAGUCAGGCUCGUUGAACCCGGCAGGCAAGGUGAAUGAAGUGCCCGAGAGUCAGGACGACGAGUUCGAGGAGGGGGGGAUUAAGGAGGCCUUUCGUGCAGAGGAGUAUGAUGGGAUCUACCUAGAGCUGGGACUUCUUGUGUCUGACUUUACGAAGACAGCCAUGCCAAGAGGAGGGAAGGGGACACGGCCGCCUCAGAGAUCGUUGGGCGCAUCAGGAGGAUAUGAGCGUAAUGGGUCUCGUCAUCGAGAUAGCACUCCAAAGUACGACGGUGGCAACAUCGAGCUAUUCCUAGACAGUUUCUGGGAGCAUGCGCGGCGUAUGGGUUGGACUGUGACCCAGGGGAUUGAGAGGCUGAGGGGAGUCGGCAGAUUCGAGGAGCCCGUCGCACGGAUCCGUAGAGAGGCGACGACGAGGUCAGAGGUGGAGUUGAGGAUGCACGAGCUGCGACCCUCGCCUGUGGGACCUGAUGGCAGGCCGAUCCGCCUGGAGAUUGGAAAUGCGUCGGACUUCAUCCCCGCAUUUGAGUGGUUCAUGCAGGGGAAGGGUAUACCGAGAGACGAUUGGAUGCAGACAUUACCACUCUGGACCAGGAAGGCGGAAAGACCACUGGCUAGGCAGGUUAGAAGCAUGGUCCGGGACUGGGAGAGCUGCAGGGCACAUCUGAGAGAAGCCUUUCGACGGCCAGAGCCCCCUCAGCCCAGAAUUGAGAGGCAUCAGAGGAGGCAGAGGCAGAGGGACCCUGAGCCCAGGGAGGCGAGACCAUCUCGAGGAGGACGGAAGGCCCUAGCCAGGAGAGAAGAGGAACCGGAGCCGGAGCCAGAGGCUGAGGAGCGAGGGGCAUACCCUGAGUGUGGGUUGGGACUAGUGGAGUUCCAUCGGUUUACCGAGGGUGGAUUCAGGAGGUCGCCAGCACGCACGCAGGAGGAGCCGUCAGCAUCUCAGGGGCCCUUGAAGGAGUUGGGGACGCAUUUGGAUAUCUCUCAGUGGAGAGCGUCGCCUCGGGGUGAGGAGCAUGGAGAGCAGGCAGAGGAGGUGCCACGAGAGGAGGUGCCACGGGAGGAGGUCCAGGGUACUCAGCGAGAGAGAGGGUUGGGCGACGAGGGGAGACGUGCAGGGAAAGAAGUGAUAGAGGUUGGAGAGGACACGCCCCCACAGACGCCAGCGGUGGGUUUGAGACUCGGGGAUGCACCAAGGAACACUCGCCAGGCGGGGGAGAGGUUGCAAAGAGAGGAGGCCCCAUUACCUUCAUCAGAAAAGACUCCUUCGCCAGAGGGGAGAGCAGAAAGGAGGAGGGAGAGGGCAGUUGUAAGGAGAGAAACCUUGACCCUGAUUGACAGGCACCUAGCAGCUCAUGCCCUGGAGCACCCAGACCUGGAAGAGCCAACACCUGUAGAGCCUCGCCAGGAGUCGUGCCAGCCCGAGAAGGAGAUGGAGGCAGAGAUCCCGAAGAGGUUCGACCUUUGCACGAGGGAAAGAGCGUUAGCUGGAGAGACAGCUAAAGAAAAGAGGGCGAGAAGAACUAGGAGGAUAGACGAGAUAUGGCAAAAGAGGCAGAGGUUGGAGGCAGCGGGGGAGCUUCCGGAGCAGCAGCAGGAGAGGCAGAGAUCGGAGGCAGCAGGAGCACUCCCAAGCCAGCCACUCAGCGCGCCAGCUAGGGCCCCGAAGAUCCCAGAGAUGCGGAGGGACUUCUGGGAGCAGAAAGGAGAGGAGCUUCCGUCACCACGAUCUGGCGGGAAGAAGACAAAGGAAGCAAGUCAUGGAGUACACCUGGAGGCUAUGGAGAUGGAAAUCCAGGAACUCAGGGCAUUGGUAGCCAGCCAGGCAGCUAUCAUUGAGAGUCUGAGGCAGCAAACCCAGGGAAAGGUGGACAAGCCAGAGAGCAGCAGGCAGGGAGAGCAGAGGCAGCCAGGACAUGGGUUACCAGGACAGCCAUCUACAGCAGAGCCUCGCCAGGAGCCACCUAUGGGGAGAGUUAUCUUGGAGUCAGAGGAGGCGAGAGCCCAGAGACAGGCGGAGAGAGAGGUGUUCGAGUUCAGAGCCCCUACCGAGCUCGCGACACUGCCAGUAGCAGUGGCGGGCCCAGUCGUACCUUUGGCAAUUGAGGAGGGGUUACCACCAUCUAGCAGUGAGCCGGCUCAGGGCUCGGCAGAGGGAUCUAUGGGCGUGCUCCUUGAGGCAGUGCAUACCAUGAAGGAGGAGGCGAGUUUGUUUUCACCCGAGCAGAGGAUAGAGGAGUCUCUUGAGGGAGAGAUGGGUAUUGAGGCGGAGGGUGUCAUCGAGGGCGGGCUCCAGAGGUUAGGCACGCGUGAGUAUGAGCCAGAGGAGAUUGAGCAGCAGCCCAUGGUAGUGCCAGGAGAGACACUCGAGAGGAGACCUCAGAGGUUGGACACGCCUGAGUACGUCCCAGCGACAGGGGAUUUGAGGAGCAGACUGAGAUCUUGGGCUAUUGGAUCUGGGUCUGGGGGACCGGUUCAUGGAAUAGAACAGCAGCAGGAGGUCGUUAGUACCGCAGCUCCUCGAUCAAAGCAGCAGGGGGUUGUCAGUACCUUGGUAGGAUCUCCUUCAUCGCCACCUCCUCAGCCCAGGAAGAAGAAGUUCAAGAGGAAGGUUGAUCAGCUAUGCUUCUAAUGCAAGGCAAGAGGGGCAUGCAUCUGGCUCUGGACUGUCUCGAGUUC